AUGUCCAGCUCAGGUCUUACGAGACGCCGCGGCGCUGGCGGCGCUGGCACACCCGUCGCCAAUGACGCCGAGGGCAGCAACGCCGCCUCCCGAGCCAACUCAUCCUACAAUGUCAAGGACAACAGCCCCGAGACGAGCUACCAAAAUGGCGAGAAUGGCCACAAGAUUGCUUUUGACCCCCGAGACAUGAGCGAGAGCGCCGAGCGCAGCAAGCAGCCCAAGCUGACCAUGAUGGAGGAGAUUCUCCUGCUCGGCCUCAAGGAUAAGCAGGGAUACCUCUCCUUCUGGAACGAUAAUAUCUCCUACGCCCUACGAGGAUGCAUCGUCCUUGAGCUCGCCUUUCGCGGGCGCAUCAGCAUGGAAAAGGACCCCUCUCGACGACGCUUCCCCCCUGCCGAUCGCAACAUUGAAGUGAUAGACGACACCCUCACAGGCGAGGUUCUCCUUGACGAGGCCCUCAAGAUGAUGAAGCAAAGCGAAAAGAUGAGCGUCAGCUCCUGGAUUGACCUGAUGAGCGGCGAGACGUGGAACUUGAUGAAGAUUGGAUACCAGCUCAAGCAGGUCCGCGAACGCCUCGCCAAGGGCCUCGUAGACAAGGGCAUCCUACGCACCGAGAAGCGCAACUUCCUGCUCUUCGACAUGGCCACGCACCCCGUCGCCGAUGGUGGCGCUAAGGAGGAGUUGCGCCGCCGCGUGCGCAACGUGCUCACCCAGCGCACCGUAGUGCUCAACGACAGCCAAUUCCUGCCCGAGACCCUAGAGUUCCGCUAUCUGCGCACCGUCUGCAUGGUGUGCGCCGCCUACGCCGCCAACGUCCUUGAGAACGCGCUGUCGACGCUCGGCCACGAGGCCCGCGAACGCGCCUUCGCCCAGACCGACGAGCUGCUCGCCGACUACAGCCAAUGGCCCUUUGGCAAGAAGGCGACGACUAACGGCAUCGGCGCCAACCUGCCCCAGGUAAUCAGCGAGGAGGUUGGCAAGGCCAAAGACAAGGAACUGCAACUCGAGGUCGUGGCCGCGUGCUUGAGCGUAUUCACGCGCCUCGACUCGCUUCUGUAG